AUAAGACAGAAGGAAAGCAAGUAAGCAACACAACAACAAGAGACACGGAGAGAGACGAGAGCGCUAAGCUAGGACGAUGGGCUUGCUGCUGCUGCUCCACGUCGUCCUGGUCGCGGCGGCGGCGGGAGCCCCAGCGGCGCAGGCGUGGGGCAAGGAGGGGCACUACAUGACCUGCAAGAUCGCCGAUGGUUUCCUGACGAAGGAGGCGUCGGCGGGGGUGAAGGCUCUCCUCCCGUCGUCGGCCAACGGCGAACUCGCGGAGGUGUGCUCGUGGGCGGAUAGCCAGCGCUUCCGGUACCGGUGGUCGAGCCCGCUGCACUUCGCCGACACCCCAAAAGACUGCAAGUUCAGCUACGCCAGGGACUGCCACGACACCAAGGGGAACAAGGACGCGUGCGUGGUCGGGGCCAUCAACAACUACACCGCCGCCCUGCAGGACCCGUCCACCCCGUAUAAUCGGACGGAGAGCCUGAUGUUCCUGGCCCACUUCGUCGGCGACGUGCACCAGCCGCUGCACUGCGGCCACGUCGACGACCUCGGCGGCAACACCAUCCUCGUCCGCUGGUACAAGAGGAAGAGCAACCUGCACCACGUGUGGGACGUGGACGUCAUCGAGCAGGCCAUGAAGGACCUGUACGGCAGAGACCAGGACACCAUGAUCAAGGCCAUCCAGCGCAACAUCACCGAGGACUGGUCCAGCGAGGAGAAGCAGUGGGAGGCGUGCCGCAGCAGAACCAAGACCUGCGCUGACAAGUACGCUCAGGAGAGUGCAGUGCUGGCCUGCGACGCGUACAAGGGCGUCAAGCAGGACUCCACCUUAGGAGAUGAGUACUACUUCAAGGCGCUGCCGGUCGUUCAGAAGAGGAUUGCCCAGGGAGGCGUGAGGCUGGCGGCCAUCCUCAACCGGAUCUUCAGCGGGAACGGCAGGCUGCAGAGCAUCUGAUCGAUGCAGUUUCGUCGAAAUUACGGGAGAAGAAUGUUAUCCUGUGUUGUCUGACCAUGUUAUAGCUUCGCCAUAAUCACGAAUUCGCAACUAUAUUGUUAUGUCCAUCCACCAAAGCGGCUUCGAGUCACUGCUGCAACAAAUCAUUGUAUUGUAUCUGUAUAAACAUAAGUAUAUGGUGAUGUAUUGAUUAACACCACUGUAUUCUAUAAUCUUCAUUUUCAGUACAAGUACGAUGGUGACCUACUACUUCAGUGUGUUGUAACCAUUUUGUUACAUCAGAGUGAUGUUGAGAACCAGUUGGAUGGAACGGUUUCUAUUGCAGGCAAAAUGCCCAGCUAAACUCCAAGUUAAUCGAUAAAAACGUGGUGUUAAUCCAGGCUUACAUCCAGUGUACAAAAUCAGACAGGAGAGUUCAGAUAGUUUUUUCUUUUUCCUUUUCUUGAAGGAGUUCAGAUAGUUCAUGUGAGGGAAACACCACAUUUACCCAUUUCAGAUUUGUAUGCCACAGAUGAAAUGAACAUUUCAUUAACUACUCAGCCCCAAAUCCAUUGAAAUUUUACUUAAAUCAGAGGUCUCCAAAGACAGCAGUCGUUGAUUCAAGUAAAAGUGGACAAAACCUCCUUCCAAACAAAUCCUGGAAGAAUGAUAUCAAGUAAACCAACAAAGCCAAGGUUCAUUCUUCAUCAGGAGACCAGUGGAAGUAUCAUAGCUUGCACCUUGAAAAA